CGUCGCCGUCGCCUCCAAGGCUCCACCCGACAUCUCCGAAAAUCUCCAUCCCCGAUUGCUCGCCUUCUCUCUCUCUCUCUCUCUUUCCCUAUUUAUUUCCUCUGGUUCGCUCGCUUUCUCUCUCUAUACUCCCACCACUUGCUGCCAUUAAGGCACCUCCAAAAGAAGGCAAAAAGCUCGCGUUUUUUCAACUCCCUGUACUUGACUCCACGGAACCCACGUCAGUGAGAUGAUAGCAUGGGCUUCUUCCGACGACUCUUCGGCGGCGGCGGCGGCGGCGGCGGCGGCUCCAGGGACAAGCGACCCCGCCGGCGCUGGAGCUUCGUCAGAUCGCUCAACGACAGGAGCCGCCUAGCCCUCCCCAGCGCCCCUCGCCACUACCCGUCUCUCGGCCCCGGCGACUUGGACGCCAGCAAGCACGCCAUCGCGGUCGCCGCCGCCACCGCCGCCGUCGCCGAGGCCGCCCUCGCCGCCGCUCAGGCCGCCGCGGAGGUCGUCAGGCUCACCAGCGGCGGGGGCGGCGGGGUCGUGAAAUGCGCCGCUCCGGCGCAGUUCGGCGGCAGCCGCCCGCGCGUGGAGGACUUGGCCGCCGUUCGGAUUCAAUCCGCAUUUCGAGGCUAUCUGGCAAGGAGAGCACUUAGAGCACUGAAAGCCUUAGUGAAACUCCAAGCGCUGGUGAGAGGCCAUAUUGUGAGAAAGCAAAUGACAGACAUGCUCAGGCGCAUGCAGACAUUGGUCCGCGUGCAAGUAAGGGCUCGUGCAGGUCGCUCUUAUACAUCAGUUUCUUCACAUUCCAGCAGCAAGUCCUCUGUAUCUCAUUAUCCGAGAUGUGGCUCAAAUUCAAACUUCAGGGGAAAUAUUGACAUGGAAGGGGCAAAAUUUGGAUCAAAUUGGCUAGACCGUUGGAUGGAAGAAGGCGUAAGGGACGACCAUGGAGAUGCUCCACCAAGACAUCGGCAUGAUGAUGAGAGGAGCUCAAAGAUUCUUGAAGUAGACACUUGGAAGCCUCACUUGAACUCUCAAAGAAACCGGGAAACUUACCAAUCCCUGCAUCAAGCUAUAGAAUCCAACUACAUAAAUCAGAAUGCGAUGGUAUUCGAGUCUCCAUCAAAAUACUCGUCAAGAGCACCUAACCCAGUCCCCAGUUUAUCCUCGGAGGAGAUUCUUUCAUUGAGGUCUCUGCAAUAUCCCGGAGGUAAAGGUGAAAUGCCCAAGUCUGCUGAUAAUAGCCCACAAGUGAAUUCUCUCUCAUCUAGGCCCAGAAGUAGCAGUGCGAGGAGAGGUCCCUUCACACCGACAAGAAGCGAAUGUUCGUGGGGCUUCUUUAAUGGGUACUCAGGUCACCCAAAUUAUAUGGCUAACACGGAAUCGUCUCGGGCCAAGGUGAGGUCACAGAGUGCCCCCAGGCAGAGGCUUGAGUUUGACAGGUAUGGUAUGGCGAAGAGAUCUCUCCAGGCAUCUUGGGAUGCUGGGGCUACUUCGGAAAGGAAUUACCCGCUAUAUGCUGACUUAAGGAGCAAAGGCAAAACAGUCUCCAACCGGUUGGAUAGACUAGGAACUGCCAAUUUGAGGUGACACGGCUUGGUUUUUCUCUUCCUUCGCUUCGGUCGGGUGUUGUGUGGUAAGACAUCUUGAUGCGUGGUAGUGACAUUCUUCAUCAGAUUCACGGGAAGUUUAUCUACGAGUGCAAAACCGUUUUUGAUAUUUUUCCUGUUUUUGCUAGUGGAGUGCUGUUCCCCCGUCUCUCCCUUUGUUAGUCAGAGUGACCCUCUAUUUGUUCCACUCGUCGAUGAACACAAUAAAGCUGUGUACCCGUGACACUGUAAAUUAUGAAUUUACUUGAAUAUCUUAUUCCUCCUUCUGUGUAA